AAACAUUCUAAAACUUAAAUAAGUAAUAAUAAAGAUGAAGUUCUCCCGAGUGUUUCUGUUCGUGUUCGCGUGCCUGGUCGCGCUGAGCGCCGUCAGCGCCGCGCCGGAACCCAGGUGGAAGGUCUUCAAGAAGAUUGAAAAAGUUGGCCGUAACGUACGAGACGGUAUCAUCAAGGCUGGUCCAGCUAUUGGUGUCCUUGGACAAGCCAAGGCUCUUGGAUAAGCUGGUCUCCAAACACAUCAUUAUCCUCAUUUUGGUCGACUUGUUCUCGACUAAGUUGGCACACCAUUUUCUUUCCAUCAGACUUGUAUAAAAACAUUAUAUUAUAAUUUUAAUGUAGGAUUAGAAUACCGG